AGCAAUUUCGGACCCUGCUUUUCACUUCCGAGGGGGAGAAAGAAAAAAGAAUGGUGGACAACUUCCGUCCCCUGCAGCCCCUCAUGAAUCGCACUGUCCGCUCAUCCUUCCGUCAUGAUUAUAUCCUCAAUAUACAAGCAAAAUCCAAGCCAUCGACCAGCCAAGCUAGCCCCUAAGACGCCCAUAUAUAAACUGAGGACUAGACAUUAAGGAAUUUACUCAAGAUCAGAGAGCCAAGGCUUGAGUUUCCUAGUCCAUUCAACUCCAAAGCCUCUAAAUACCGAUGCACUGAACCGGACAAGAUCAACUUGGAGGUGUGUUACUCCAAGUGUCUCUGUAAGAGGGAGUAGGACAGGCUUUAUAUAGAGUUUGUGCUUCCGUUGAAUGAUUACAAGGAGGAACUAGGGGAAGCCGGGACAGUUUAGGAAUUGGGUAGCUCAGUAAUUUUGAUUUAGAGGCGAGAGGUACAAAGCUAGGCCAGGGAGUUAAGUUCACCUCUGCAGCCCGCAGAUGUGAAUGGAAAGGGGUGAAUCUGGAGCUUGGUCUGAGGCGCUGAUUGGUGGAGUCGCGGAAGGAGGCGGAGCCUGGGAAGUCGGACUGGGAAGCAAGGAGAGCUCUGGGGCGGGGGGGCGGAAUGAGGAGAAGAGGAAGAAGUGUUACUUUAACCUCAGGGCCCCAAGCCAUUCCACUAUGGUGUCGAGAGCGGUAGGAGGGAAGAGGUACUUGCAGGCCGGCAUAGCGAUUCUCGAGAAGGAGACAUUUAUUUGUGCAGGGUUUUCGGAAGACGAGCCAGCGACGGCAACCUCCCGUUUUCUAUCUUGGGUGCGUCUGGGCGGAGAACGCGGGCCACGUGGUUCCGUCCGCAGCCGCGCAGCUGCGCGCUCGCCGGAGCCCGCCUUUCCCGGCAGGCUCUUGUGGGCGUGGCGGCGCCGGCAACAUGGCGGCGCCCCAGACGGUGAUGCUUCCGGACAAACUAAGCCACAAAAAGUACAGGGCCGCCCUGAAGAAGGAGAAACGGAAGAAACGCCGUCAGGAACUCGCUCGAUUGAGAGACUCAGGCAAAAAUUACAUGAGGAGUGGUUGCUGCGGGAGCAGAAGGCACAAGAAGAAUUCAGAAUAAAGAAAGAAAAGGAAGAGGCAGCUAGAAAAAGGCAGGAAGAACAGGAGAGAAAGUUAAAGGAAGAAUGGGAAGAACAGCAGAGAAAAGAGAAAGAAGAGGAGGAGCAGAAGCUACAAGAGAAGAGAGAAAGAGAGGAGGCUGUGCAGAAGAUGCUGGAGCGGGCUGAAAAUGAGUUGGAAAAUAGUGCCACAUGGCAAAACCCAGAACCACCCACGGAUGUAAGAAUAAUGGAGAAAGAUCGAGCUAACUGUCCAUUCUACAGUAAAACGGGAGCUUGCAGAUUUGGAGAUAGGUGUUCACGUAAACACAAUUUCCCAACAUCGAGCCCCACCCUUCUUAUUAGAAGCAUGUUUACAACAUUUGGAAUGGAGCAGUGCAGAAGGGAUGACUAUGACCCCGACGCCAGCCUGGAGUACAGUGAAGAGGAGACCUACCAGCAGUUCCUGGACUUCUAUGAGGACGUGCUCCCUGAGUUCAAGAACGUGGGGAAGGUGAUCCAGUUCAAGGUCAGCUGCAACUUAGAACCUCAUCUGAGGGGCAAUGUGUAUGUUCAGUACCAAUCGGAAGAAGAAUGCCAAGCAGCCUUUUCUCUGUUUAACGGAAGAUGGUAUGCAGGACGACAGCUUCAGUGUGAAUUCUGCCCAGUGACCCGGUGGAAAAUGGCAAUUUGUGGUUUAUAUGAAAUGCAGCAAUGCCCAAGAGGAAAACACUGCAACUUUCUUCAUGUGUUCAGAAAUCCCAACAAUGAAUUUUGGGAAGCUAAUAGGGACAUCUACCUGUCUCCAGAUCGGUCUAGCUCUUCCUUUGGUAGGAACUCAGAGAGGAGAGAGAGAAUGGGCCACCAUGAUGAGUACUAUGGCAGGCCCAGGAGGAGAAGAAGCCCCAGUCCGAACCGUUUCUAUAAAAGAAAUGGAGAAUCUGAGAGGAAAAGAAGAAGUACCCACAGGGAUAAGAAGUCUCACAGACACACAGCAAAAAGUCGAGAAAGACACAGUUCACGAAGUAGAGAAAGAAAAAGGGACCGCAGUCGGGGCCGGAGCAGCCGGAGCAAGAGCCACCGGAGCCGAAGCAGGAGCCGGAGCCGGAGUCGGAGUCCAAGCCCUUCUAAGUUCAGAAAUUAUAGUGGGAGAAGGUCAGGUAGUAGAGACGGAACUAUUCAUAGUCCCAAAUCCAAAUAAACUGAUUGUGUUUUUAAA